GGUCUGCACUGCGCAUGCUCGGCGCCUAUAACCCGGAAGGGAUUCUCCUGGGGGCGUCUGACACGUAGCGUCUCAAGGCAAGAGGAGGAGCGGGGAAAGUAGGGCUGGGGGCGACGGCGGAGGGAAGCGGGCCCUGAAGAUAGGUUGCAAUGUCUGGGUUUGACAACUUCAAUACAGAUUUCUAUCAGACAAGUUACAGCAUCGAUGACCAGACACAACCAUAUGGAGGAGACCAUGGAGGAGGGACGUACAACAAACAAUAUGCCGGCUAUGACUAUUCUCAGCAAGGUGGCUAUGUUCCUCCAGAGAUGAUGCCCCAACAACAACCUUACACUGGUCAGAUUUUUCAACCAACACCAGCCUAUACUCCAUCCUCACCACAGUCUUUCUAUGGAAGCAAUUUUGAAGAUGAACCUCCUUUACUGGAAGAACUAGGCAUCAAUUUUGAUCACAUUUGGCAGAAGACCCUGACAGUACUCCACCCACUAAAAGCAGCAGAUGGCAGUAUAAUGAAUGAAACAGACCUGGCAGGGCCCAUGGUCUUUUGCUUAGCCUUUGGUGCCACCCUAUUACUGGCUGGCAAAAUUCAGUUUGGUUAUGUAUAUGGUAUUAGUGCAAUUGGAUGCUUAGGAAUGUUCUGCCUCCUCAACUUAAUGAGUAUGACGGGUGUUUCAUUUGGCUGUGUUGCCAGUGUACUUGGUUACUGCCUCCUUCCUAUGAUCAUACUUUCCAGCUUUGCAAUUGUGUUAUCUCUACAGGGUAUGAUGGGCGUUAUUCUUGCUGCUGCAAUUAUUGGAUGGUGUAGCUUUUCGGCAUCGAAAAUCUUUAUUUCAGCUUUAGCAAUGGAAGGACAACAACUUCUAGUAGCAUAUCCAUGUGCUCUAUUAUAUGGAGUCUUUGCUCUCAUUUCUGUGUUUUGAGCAGACUGUCUUUAUUAUUGGACUUAAAUGGGCCAAACUAAAAGCCUUCACUUGGAACUGUUAAACGGGGACCAGAGGGCAGCUGGGUAGCUAUCAUGCAAGGUUAAUGCUUGAAUUGUCAUCUGGAGCAACAAAAUGGUGUCUUGUGUUUGUUUUUUAUUGGACUCUUGAAUACGGUUUUGAAUCCACCUGUAAUGUCUAUAGUUUUAAUACAGGUUCAUGAUUAUACAUGUUUAAAAUGUAAAUUUUCCCCAGUCCUAUAGCCCCUGACAAAAUAUUAUUUUGAAAACUUUUGUAGUCCAGAAGUUUUUAUAGGUAAGUGGAAAUGAAACCAUGAACUCUACAAUUACUUUUUCCAUGCUUGCAUGCAACUAUGAUCCUAAAUAUAAGAUGCAUUCCUCCUUUUUCUACCAGUUUAGCAAAUCAGAAAAACUUGUCUCAAUAAAACCUAUCUGAAAACAAAGCAAAUUGGAUCUUACACAUAAUUUGGAUAGUUUACAGCUCCUACUUAGAUGCUGUUUACACUAAAUAGUGCAAAAGGCUUCCCAGGCUCACAUUUACAGUGUUCAAAUACAUCAUUUUGUAUGUAUUUUGUAAAUAGUUCUAUCAUCUUGUACAAAUGUGUGAAGGUGCUUGUUUUGAUGACAAAAUAUGAGUCUUUAACAAUAGUCCUCCAAAAAAAGAAGAACUUGAUUCAGACAACAGCUUUUACAAAUGUUGUUGGUAUUGCAGGAUACUAUAAAAUAUAGAAAUUAAGCUGUCCCAGACUGUGUUUUUGAAAAUGUUUCAUUUGAUUCUUAGCAACAUAUCUUCUCUGCAGUAUCAUCAAACCUUGAAUAGCCAGACUGACUAUUCAAAUAAAGAACUGUUCCCAUUGAGCAAAUACUCCAUUUAAAUUAUGGACUACAAAAAUUCAAUGCCAUUUGAAGGAAUUUAAUCCAGAAUCCACAAAACAGCAAUACCUUUAUUGGCCAACUAAAAUUUUCUAAAUAUAUCAUGCAAUCUUUCAAAGUUUUACUAACUGACUUCUUCAUUUUCAUCAGGCAGGGAUGUUAAAAUUGUGUAGGAGAAGAAAUGUGAUAAUGUUAGUCAUAGGCCUAUAUUUAUUCAUAUUUGAAGGAGUUUAUAAUUGCAAUGUCAUUUCUAGAAUUACUUGUUUUCCUGAUAAAGACAAAAAAUACGUUCUACUUGAAAAGCU